CUCGCUCAUGUGACCCUCCUACCCCCAUUCUGCUCCCUGUCCAGCCCAAAGUGGGUGUUUCCAGGGGCUUCUUUUGUGAGGGGUACCAGCCUGCUGUCGGGCGUGGAGGGAUUAAUCAGUGACAGGAAGACGCCUCUUUUGGAGCGUGGCCAGCUGUGGUCAGGACAGUCCGCAGGCCAGCUCCAGGAGUCUGUCCUACUUCCUGCCUGCCGCUCAGCCCCUGCUCCUGCAAUGGGGUGCUUUAGGGCCCUCCUCCUCCUGCUGGGGGGCCUGGGGGCUCUCGCUGACAUCUGUGAAAUACCAGAGGUAGACAGCAAGAUAGUAGAAAGACUGGGCCAGCGCGUCUUGCCCUGGAUGGACCUGCUCUCCCUGGAGUAUCUGAACCCCAGUCUCUACGUGGGCCUGCGCCUGUCCAGCCUGCAGGCUGGGGACAAGGAAGCCCUCUACCUGCACAGCCUCAAGUUCAAUUACCAACAAAGCCUCCUGAGGUCUAGUGAUGAUGACGACAAACCCUCCAUGGGCCAGCUGGCCCUCUACCUGCUCGCUCUUAGGGCCAACUGCGAGUUUGUUGGGGGCCACAAGGGGGAUAAGCUGGUCUCACAGCUCAAGCGGUUCCUGGAGGAAGAGAAAAGGGCCAUUGGCCACAAUCACAAGGGUCACCCCCACACCAGCUACUACAAGUAUGGCCUGGGCAUCCUGGCCCUGUGUGUCCACCAGAAGCGGGUCCAUGACAGUGUGGUGGGCAGGCUCCUGCAUGCUGUUGAACACGACCAACUCCUCCACCAGCGUCACCUCUCUGUGGACACCAUGGCCAUGGCAGGCUUGGCCUUCACCUGUCUGGAGCGCUCCAAUCUCAACCCAGAUCAGAGAAACCGGAUAUUGCUGGCCAUCAGGACAGUGAGAGAAAAGAUCCUGAAGGCACAGACCCCAGAGGGUUAUUUUGGGAAUAUCUACAGCACCCCUCUGGCGCUGCAGUUUCUGAUGACCUCCCCAUUGCCCGGGGUCCAGCUGGGCACAGCAUGCCUCAAGGCGAGGGCUGCUCUGUUGGCCAGCCUGCAGGAGGGGACAUUCAAGAAUGUUCUCAUGAUCUCCCAGCUGCUGCCUGUCCUGAACCACAAGAGCUAUGUGGAUCUCAUCUCCCCAGACUGCCUGGCACCAAGAGUCAUGUUAGAACCGGCUACAGAGACCCUUUCACAGACCCAACUUCCAGAGGACAUCAGCGUCGUGCUGAGUGUCCCCAGCGUCCUGCCGAUGUAUAGACACUCCAUCUCUGUCCCUGCUGGGUCCUCCCUGGAAGAUGUCCUGAAGAAGGCCCAGGAGCUUGGAGGAUUCACGUAUGGAACCCAGGCCUCCUUGUCAGGUCCCUACCUGACCUUGGUGAUGGGGAAGAAAGUUGGGGAACGUGAGUUCUGGCAGCUCCUCCGGGACCCUGACGUCCCCUUGCUGCAAGGUAUUGCUGACUACAGACCCAAGGACGGAGAAACCAUCGAGCUGAGGCUGGUUAGCUGGUAGCCCUUUGGGCUCACCUCCUUCAGCCCUGCACACUCUCUGGGCCUCUGCCCUCCAGCCAGAUACACGUGACAGGCAUGUGCCUGACCCUGCUGCCACCUCACGUGCACUUGGACCGUGUCCCUGAUUACCCCAGUCACCAUCCUGUGAGGGUCCUAAGCCACUGCCCCGCCCAGAGCAGAGAGCCAAGCACCAUCCCGAGAAGGUCCCUGCAGGCAUCCCCUGCAGUCCCCCAGAGCCCACGGUCUUGAAGCGUCUCAGACGCCUCAGCACCAGGAGCCUCCCCCGGCCACUGAUGUCGUGAGUACCACCCGCUCUGGGCUGAUGACCUGCAGGAAGGACUGACCCCAGCUCUCCACUCCAGUGUCAGGGGGCGCCCCGAGCCACUGGGGGCACAGUAGCUAGUAAGGAUUCUAUGGAGCUGCUCAAAGUCCACCUCCAAAAUGAUUAAAGCGUUGAUUGUGCAAUGGCUGCAGUGUUCUGGUGCAUCAU